GUCGCAUAAUAGUCACGUAGUCAGCUGUUUACGCACGUAAUCAUUACGACGAAUGUGAAAGGGCGUUGUUAAUUGUAUUAAUUGAAGAGUGAAUUAAAACAAAACUUUUAACAGGAUGGGGAAUUACUUUACGGUGAAUAUGGAAGAAAACUUCAAAAAGAACCAAGAGUUUAUACAAACCAUAAAUAAAAUAAAGAUGGAAAGACAAAUUCAACUUCAGUAUCAAAUGCAAGAGCGGCAAGUGGCGAUGCAGAUUGCUAAAAAUAGAGAUACGUGCUUGUGGCUUACUGCAUUCUACAUUGCCAGUGCUACUGGAUUGUUUACAGGUUUCAGGAGGACCAAACGACAAUACCUGCUUAUGCCAUUAAUACCGUUAACAUUCGUAACUCUGUACUACUGGGAUCUUGCAUAUGGAAAUAAAAUACACAGAAUUAGAAUGGAAGCUGAACACAUUAUGACACAUGAAGCUGACAGCUUGGAGUGGCCUUGUGGUUUGCCAACCCCAUCGUCUAUUGACCUCGGUCGUCUCGAAGUGGAAGAGAAGAAAAAGAUCCAUCCACCAUUGCUUUAAAGCUGGUUUACAGAAUGUUCAGGAGUGUGCCUUCACGCAUCUGCUUCGUAGAUUAGAGGGCUGGUGAAAACUGUUGUCAUAUAUUGGAAUUUACUAGUUUGUUGAUAUUUAUAUUUAAAUAACGAAGAGAAAUGCGGUUUUAUGCACUUAAAACAUGGUGGGUUAUUAUUCGUAUACUCAACUACAUAUCUUCUAUGGCAGAAAGAGAUAACUUUAGGUGUCUCUCAAAUAAGGUUUCGGUAUUCGGGUUUAUCUUAGUAUACAUUUCCAAUAUAUGAAGGCAGGAUUAAAAGAUAGUAAAAGCUAGAUUUGUAGAGUUGCGCACGCUUGACUUUGUGCACUCAAUUAACGUGAGUGGGUUUGAAACUUAACUUUAAAAUCGUUCAAACGUCUUAAAAUUUGAUUCAUUCCAUUUUUGAAGAAUCUCAAAAUAAUAGCAUGUAGGUCUCUGGUAUUGCAUUAUAUUAUACAGGUGUUUUUUAGAAAUUGUAUCUUCAUUCUGUUAGCUAUACAAUAUUUAAUAAUAAUAAAAAAUGUCGUUAAGUUGGAAUAAUACAUUCUGAUUUAAUACGCAAUAAAAUUUGCAAGUGUUUUCAGUACAAGUUAAAAAUAUUUCCAAUUCAAAUAUUUCAGUUGGAACUAUCAAUUUCUAACAAAUACUCUGCUGAAUUUGAAUGUGCUAUUAUGAUAGGUAAGUACAUACAAUUACUAUUUAAAAGUGCUUUUACCCGUUCCAAUAGUACGUACAUAUUUAAAAUUUUGUCAAGUGAUUGUGAUAUUUUAAAAACCCAUUUAGUGCUAAGGACGCAUUGAUAAAUAUUUUUUUAUUGCCAUUGUUAUUAUAUUUUUAUUAUUAUUUUGUAAGAGUAGUUUUAUUAAUAUUGUUAUUGUUUUUAUGAAGUUUUAAAGUUUUAACUAGUGACUUUAAUUUUUAUUAUAUAUUUUUGGUUUACGUAGCGCAGCUUUUUUCUAUCAAAUAAGUUUGUCGAGUUUUAUUAAU